AUGAAGACAACAGGAUUUUCACUUCUUGCCUGUCUCUCGCUCGCUGCAGCUCAAACAGCUCAAUUUGAAGCGAGAGAAGCGACAAUAGCCUCCGUUCAUGCAGCGCUCUUCACACGGCAAAACACCUGCAGGGACGUUGUAUCGGCCUUCAUCGCACGAGUAGAGGCUCACAACCCAGAUAUUAAUGCAGUGAUCAGGCUCAAUCCCGAAUGUCUAAACGAUGCCGAUGAACUCGAUCAAGCUCUUACGGCUGGCAAUGCUACAGGGUCACUAUUCUGUGUUCCAAUUCUACUCAAAGACAAUUACGAUACUGCUGGCAUUCCCACUACAGCUGGUUGCAAAGCUCUGAAUGACUCGGUUCCUAUGGCAGAUGCUCCUUCUGUGGCAGCGCUUCGUGGUGCAGGUGCCAUCAUCCUUGGCAAGGCCAAUCUGCACGAAUUUGCACUGGAAGGUCUCUCGCUGUCAUCGCUUGGAGGGCAGACUGUCAAUCCUUACGAUUUCACUAGGACACCUGGAGGAAGUUCAGGUGGGACAGGUGCGGCAGUUGCAGCAUCAUUUGCAGUUUUCGGAACAGGCACUGAUACAGUCAAUUCACUUCGAAGUCCUGCAAGCGCAAAUAGCCUAUACAGCUUCAGGCCUACUUAUGGCUUGAUUUCUCGGACGGGCGUUGUACCGGUGUCAUGGGUGCAAGAUACGUUGGGAGUUAUUGGCAGAUCACUCUAUGACAUAGCAGUGGCUCUGACGGUUAUGUCUAGUAUUGGAUAUGACUCCAGGGACAACACAACAGCUCGUGUACCAGAUUCGACUAGGGACAUUGAUUACACUACUGCUCUGACAGGCCCCAGUACACUUCGUCACACUAGGAUUGGUGUCCUGCGAGGUUUCUUCAACUACACACCAUCAGUUGAGAACGAUCCCGUCAAUGUAUUAAUGGCCUCAACCAUCCAGAAAAUCAUACGAGCCGGUGCUGAAGUUGUGUAUCUUAAUGAUACAAAGACUUACAACGCGACCGCUAUCGCAGCCGAACUAGACGUCCAGCAAUUAGAAUAUCGUGAACUGGUAUCUGCAUAUCUAUCAUCCUCAAACCUGACUGGAAACCAUCCAAGAUCGUUACCAGAUCUCUAUCUGUCAAAUCGAAAUAUUUCAAACUUUGUGGUAAUUCCAUCACAGUACAACUAUGUACAAAAUGCUCUUCGUUCUUCCACUUCAAACGCUACCUACACUGCCCGACUUCGCGGCAUAGCCAAUCUGACCACGACCCUGCACAGCGCUUUCUCAUCGCUCGACCUUGACGCCAUUAUCUACCCAGAGCAAAAGAACCUUGUAGUUCCACUUGGCUUCCCUUCACAAUCUGGGAGGAAUGGCAUCCUGGCUGCGUUAACUGGCUCUCCUGUCAUGACGAUACCGAUUGGUUUCUCGAAUGCGACAGAGUCUGCACCCAUCGGUAUCCCGGUAGGAAUGGAAAUACUAGGUAUGCCCUGGACUGAAUUGAAAUUGUUGAGUAUCGCAAGGGCUUUGGAUGAUCGACUGCAUGCAAGGAGAGCACCUGUGACUAAUGGAGUGAACGAGACGGCAGAGGUCACCACGAGAUACGCAAGUGUGCCAACAAUCACGCCGAGGGGUCUUAGCAAUAUCAACCAGCUGGCAUAUCCGCUAGGGACGUUUGGAGCAUGA